AUGCCUCGGGGGAAUAAAGCAUUUGCAGGGAUUACUGCGCUGAUCGCCUCGCUGCUACUCGGUCCGUGUGGGACAGGUGCAGAUGGAUGCGAAAGCCCGUUGGUGUCCAGUCUUCUGCCGUCAUCCUUCAGAAGCUCCUCCCAGCUCUCCAGCAGUCAUGGGCCAGUCUUUGCGAAGGUCAACAGGAGAGAAGGAGCUGGAGGUUGGUCUCCUCUCUUCUCAGACCGAUACCAGUGGUUGGAGGUGGACCUGGGAAGGAGAACCCAAAUCACUGCCGUUGCUACGCAGGGCCGCUACGGCAGCUCUGAUUGGCUCACAGCCUAUGUGUUGAUGUUCAGUGACACAGGACACAACUGGAGACAACACCGGCAGGAAGACAGCUUAGGGGCUUUUCCAGGUAACAGUAAUGCUGACACUGUCGUCCAGUACAAACUGGAGCAGCCGGUGAUAGCUCGCUUUCUUCGCUUAAUCCCACUGGACUGGAACCCCACUGGGAGGAUUGGACUCAGAUUGGAAAUAUAUGGCUGUCGAUAUACUUCUAGUGUGGCAAGCUUUGAUGGCAGCAGCAGCUUGGUCUACAGACUGAGUGUGAGAGCAAGCUGGACAGUGAUGGAGACUAUUUCUUUGAAGUUUAAAACCCUGAAGAAUUCUGGGACGCUCCUACAUGCAGAGGGACAGCGAGAUCACAGCCUCACUCUGGUGCUCGAGAAAGGAAAGCUGCUACUCUACCACCAACAAGGUGUGAGUUCAUCCUCUGGUGGUCAGCUUCUUGUUUCUCUGGGCAGUCUGCUUGAUGAUCAGCACUGGCACCACGUAAAGCUGGAGCGGCUCAGCACUCACCUCAACCUCACUGUGGAUAAAAAUACACAGCAGGUUCACACACCGGCUGAGCUCAGUCACUGGCACAUUCACACGCUCACUGUGGCAGCUGUCCAGAGCCACGGACUGCAGAAACCCAUCCUGUCCAACAGGAACUUUCACGGCUGCCUGGAGAACCUGCUGUACAGCGACAUCAACCUGAUAGACCUGGCCAAACACAGCAGCCCACAGGUCACUGUAGUGGGCAAUGUGACCUUUUCUUGUGCUGAGCCAGUUUCAGUCGCCGUGACAUUCACUGAUUCCCAUAGCUUCCUCCAGUUGCCUGGCCUUACAUCAUGGUCAACAGGGCCAGUUUCUGUAACACUGCAAUUCAGGACGUGGAACAAGGCAGGUCUGCUCUUGACCUUUGGCCUCCCACAGCAGGAUGGCUCAGUCUUCCUAUACCUGAGCCAGGCUAGGCUUCGUCUACAGAUCAGUAAACCUGGCAGGGUCUCGCUGGAACUCAGCGCAGGCUCAGGUCUGAAUGAUGGUCAGUGGCAUUAUGUGGAGCUGAACUUCAAACAUGAUCAUCUAAGUAUCACAGUGGACAAAGAUGAAGGAGCCACCGCUCACAUCAGCAUCUCACUUCCUCUCACCUCAGACAGUCAGCUCUUCUUUGGUGGUUGUCCCACUCAGGAGAGCUCUCAAGACUGCAAGAACCCCUUCACAGUGUUUCAAGGAUGUAUGCGUCUCUUGACUCUGGAUGACCAAACUGUUGACCUGAUCAAAGUGCAGCAAAGGCUGCUGGGAAACUACAGCCACUUGCAGAUUGACAUGUGUGGCAUCAUUGACAGGUGUUCCCCCAGUCACUGCGAACAUGGAGGAAUGUGUUCUCAGUCAUGGAGCACCUUCCACUGUAACUGCUCUGACAGUGGCUACAGAGGAGCCACCUGCCACAGCUCAAUAUAUGAACAGUCAUGUGAGGCAUACAAACACAAAGGCAACAUAUCAGGACAUUACUAUAUAGACGUAGAUGGCAGCGGACCAAUCAAACCCCAGCUCAUUUAUUGUAACAUGACAGACGACAGGACAUGGAUGGUGAUUCAGCACAAUAACACAGAGCUGACGAGAGUUCAGUCCUCCACCGAAAGAAACCAACAUUUUGCCUACUUUGACUACUCCUCUGAAGAGGAGCAAUUAGCAGCUGCCAUCAGCCAAUCAGAGCACUGCGAGCAGGAGCUGUCCUACCACUGCAGGAAGUCCCGACUCUUCAACACACUGGACGGAGCUCCUUUCAGCUGGUGGGUGGGAGGCCCUGGACCAGGUCUGAUCCAGACAUCUUGGGGUGGAGAACUGUCGGGUAGCCGGCAGUGUGCUUGCAGUCUGCGGGACAGCUGUCUGGAUUCAAGUCACUACUGCAACUGUGAUGCUGACUAUGACCAAUGGACUGAGGACUCAGGCCUCCUCACCCAUAAGGAGACCCUCCCAGUAAGGUCUCUGGUGCUGGGAGACAUCCAUCGGCCGGGGUCAGAGGCUGCCUACAGGGUCGGACCCCUCCGUUGUCACGGAGACAAGAACUUCUGGAAUGCUGCAUUUUUUGAUAAGGAGACGUCCUACCUUCACUUCCCCACCUUUCAGGGAGAGCUGAAUGCAGACAUCUCUUUCCUGUUUAAAACAACUUCAUCCUCUGGGGUUUUCCUGGAAAAUCUGGGCAUCAGGGACUUUAUCAGGAUAGAACUCAGCUCUUCUAUGGAGGUCAUCUUCUCGUUCGAUGUGGGGAACGGGCCACUGGAGGUACGAGUGAAGACGAGCGUCCCGUUGAACGACAGCCGAUGGCACAGGGUGCGAGCUGAGCGAAACGUGAAGGAAGCGUCGCUACGUGUCGAUAAUUUCCCUGCCGCCACACACGAAGCUCCCGCUGAUGGGCUCGUUCACCUGCAGCUCAACAGCCAGCUAUUCAUAGGAGGCACUGCUUCCAGGCAGAAAGGCUUUUUGGGCUGCAUCCGCUCUCUGCAGCUGAAUGGCGUCACUCUGGACCUGGAGGAGAGAGCGAAGAUCACACCUGGAGUCCUACCUGGAUGCCCAGGCCACUGCAGCAGCUAUGGUUCGCUCUGCCAGAACGAGGGUCGCUGUGAGGAAAAAGCCAACGGUUUCUCCUGCAACUGUGGCCAGUCUGCUUACAGUGGAGCCUUCUGCCACAACGAGGUUUCAGCCAGCUUUAAGUCGACAACAUCCAUCACCUACAUCCUGAAGGAGCCCUUUGAACUAAGCAGGAACAGCAGUGCCUUGCCUUCAUCCAUCUACUCGGAUAUCACACUAAGAGGAGAAAACAUCUCCCUGAGCUUCAGCACCAAUCAGAGUCCUGCUCUUCUUCUCUAUGUCAGCUCGUUCUACAGAGAAUACCUGAUCCUGCUCAUCAACAAGCAUGAUGAGCUGGAACUGAGGUACAAGCUGCACAGCAGCAGAGAUGUGGAGACAUUGAGAAGCAGAGUCAUAAACCUGGCUGACGGACGUCUGCACACAGUGAUCAUCAGGAGACUGGCAGAUACCGUCUCUGUGCAGAUUGACCAGAAUGCCAGAGAGGACUUGAACUUAACAUCUGAUGUGGAAUUCAACAGCAUCAAAUCACUCAUUCUGGGCAGAGUGUAUGAGUCUGAUGGAUUGGAUGCCGAGCUGGCCGGGCUGGCCUCUCUUGGGUUCACUGGUUGCCUGUCGGGUGUUCGUUUUAACUCCAUCAGUCCUCUGAAAGCUGCUCUGCUCCAUCAUGACAGCCCUGUUAUUGUCACUGGCCCACUGGUGCAAUCAAGCUGUGGUUCCUCUUCUCCAGCCAACACCUACGCAGCAGAAACAACACACUCCUUAUCAGGCCAACCUGGUUCAGUGGAUCCAGGUCAGCCUUUAGUCAACACCAUCAGAAGCGAUUCAGCUCUAAUUGGAGGGGUGAUCGCCGUUGUGAUUUUUGUCACCCUAUCUGCACUGGCAGUGACGGCCAGAUUUAUGUGCAGCAGGAAAGAGACGUAUCGAAACCAGGAAGUAAAAGCAGCACAGCCCGAAGACAGCAACGAGUUCCCGUUCAGCGGCCAGCCAGACUCUCCGAGUGCUGCCAGUGAAAACCAGAAGGAGUAUUUUAUUUAGCCAGAGUGCCGACCACUCACCGACCUGACGCUACAGAG